ACUGACCACUAGUCCACUACUAUCCUAGCAGCCUCCUCAGGUAACCCCGAUUUACUACCUGGGUCCUGGCCUGGGCUGUUCGAGGGUUUACCUCUGUCUCUCUCUCCUCCCCCCGCAGCCCUUGGAGCUUGGCCAACAAGAUUCAUCAAUCUCUUCCUCUCUCUCUCUCUCUCUCUCUCAGUUUCACUCCCCCUUCCUUACAACUGAGCAUCAACCGCACUGCACCUCGCCGGAGAGAGGAUAGUGAGAUUCCAAAGCGCCCUAAUGGUUCGUUCUCGUGGUGCUUACCUCCUCGUCGGUUCCCUUGCUCGCCGCUCUUCUUUGCUCCGCUCGCACUCUCCUGAUCAUGAUGUUUAUAGAAGUUUGCUCAAUUGGAGAUGUUAUAGGCGAUUAAUAACUACAGCUCGAGGUUGCAAUCAAGCUGGGGUCACCGGCAAUUCGUUCCCCCAAAACGGUAGGAUAUGCCCUGUCUCCCCUAGAAGAACAGUGAUUGACACCAAAAAUUGGUUGCCUUUCGGAGCUUUGAAACCAAAUGGGGUGAGGUUAAUUCAUGGCACAGCUCACACCUCAAAAGAUUACUAUGACAUACUUGGUGUCAGCAAGAAUGCGACUCAGUCCGACAUUAAGAAGUCAUACUAUCAGCUAGCAAAGAAAUUCCAUCCAGAUAGUAACAAAGAUGAUCCUGAAGCUCAAAAGAAGUUCCAAGAAGUUUCUAAGGCGUAUGAGGUUUUAAAAGAUGAAGAAAAGCGUUCCCAAUAUGAUCAGCUUGGACAUGAGGCCUUCGAACAUCAAGGUGACAAUGGUUUCCAUCCUGGUGGUGGGGCAGGAUUUGAACAUCCGUUUGGGGAAUUUUUCAGAAUGAAUGAUAUAUUCGGAAGCAUGUUUAACCAGCAGCGGCUUGGUGGGGAAGACGUCAAGGUGGCUCUUGAGCUAUCCUUCAUUGAAGCUGUUCAGGGAUGCACAAAAAAUAUCACAUUUCAAACUGAUGUUCCUUGUGAAACGUGCCGUGGUGAAGGAGUACCUCCUGGUGUAAAACCUCAAAUCUGUAAGCGAUGUAAAGGAACUGGCACGGAGUUCACACAAACAGGGUUUUUCAGUGUUCAGCGUUCAUGCAAUCAAUGUGGUGGAGCUGGCCAAACUGUAUCGAGCUUUUGCAAGUCAUGUCAAGGACGGAAGGUAAAAAGAGGGUCAAAAUCAAUCAAAUUGGAUAUAGUACCAGGAGUUGACGAUAAUGAAACAAUCAAGGUUCCUAGGAGUGGUGGAGCAGACCCUGACCGAAACCAACCUGGCGAUCUCCUUAUCAACAUAAAGGUCCGUGAAGAUCCGGUUUUCCGCAGAGAGGGUGCUAACAUACAUGUAGAUGCUGUUUUGAGUAUUACUCAGGCAAUUUUAGGGGGAACAAUCCAGGUCCCAACACUCACUGGAGAUGUCGUUGUUAAGGUCCGUCCUGGCACUCAGCCUGGUCAAAAAGUGGUGCUGAAGAAAAAAGGAAUUAAAACACGUCGGUCCUAUUCGUUUGGGGAUCAGUUCGUGCACUUCAAUGUCAGCAUCCCAACGAGUGUAACACCAAGGCAACGUGAGCUGCUGGAGGAGUUCGCCAAGGAAGAACAACAAGGAGAAGAAGGUGACAAGAAUCCUGCUGCGGCUGCUGGGGCAUCUAACUAAACACUACCUAGAAGCUGCUGUUGGGUUCCCCAAAGUUUUGCAGAAGCACGAGUUUGUAAUUUGUAUCAUCUACGUUCUAUUGAUCUCUAUGUUGGUCGUAUUACCAUGAAUGACUCUUUGCUAGGCUAGCGAUCAUGUCGUUCUUCUGAAGUCCAGGCAUAUAAUUUAGAAAGCAUGUCUUUUCGUGUAAACGACCAUUUUGUACAUGCCAUAAAUCUCAAACUGCUGCUGCUGCUGCUGCUAAAGUGUUUGGAGCAAAAAAGAAUGAUGUUAUGAUUCAGACAGUUCGAUUCAGCAUCACUUGUCUUUCUUCAUUUUCUUAAUCAUGUAGCUCAGUCUUUGGUUUUAGUUUCUGAACGGUGUGUAAUUAAAUAUUGCUAAGGGUGGUAUUUCGUAAUCUCUUUUGCAAUGUUAGUAUCUAGACUCUAGAGUGAAGAAAUGGUGAGGCUGAGUGAUGGACGAAGAGUUCUCAUUCUAUUGGGCGUGAGUCGUGACCCAACGGCCCAUCGUCCGAGCCCAUGGCGUCCCAUGCGCACGUCUCUUUUGCUGCAUAUUGUCCUUUUACUUGUCCUACACUCCCUACUUGUUUUACUCUAGCUGAGAGAUG